UGUAAAUGACAGGGGGAGGAAACCCACGCGAACCGAGUGGGAUUUGAACCUAUAUCCGAAUGCGCAGCCCAGCUGUGUUAGGAUUCAAAAUUUACCCGCUGCGUCACCGUGCUUUUUUCAUUGUGAGCAGAACCUCGGAAGAACUCCAAAACAUACCGCUGGAUUAUAGUAAAAUAAGACUUGGGAGAAUGAGAAAAGGGCGUUUGGACUGGAGGAGAAGAAUGAGCUUUUGAAGCUAACGUGGUGAUAGGUCUGUUUUCCCCUGGACAGUGGUAUAAUAGCGAAAAUAUGCAGAUUAUUACAACUGUCCAAGAAGUCCCGCUCAUUUCACUCGUUUGCUCAGGCGCAUCAUUAUUCACCCUGAGUCGUCAUGGCCCAAAUGAGCUUCUGCGACUCCAGGCCCGCGGACCUACACAAGAAGGCGGAGGAGAAGCGCGCUCCGCUGCGCACCUGGGCUAAUGCCUGCAUCCCGAAGGAGCGCCGGCCGCCCGCCGACAGCGACGAGACCAGGGGGGGGCACUGCAAGGCGGAGCCGGAGCGCAGAUGGGCCAGAAGGCUUCCUGUGUCUGCAGAGGAUGGGAUCAUUAUGGACUAUGCAGAGCAGCAAGGAGCUGUGCCAACAGGUGGGCGUGAGGAGGUGGCUUUGCUUCUGUGUCUGCGUGGACUGCAUAGUCUACAAGUGCUGGUGCCGAGCCUGCUGCAUCAUGAGAUGGAGGUUACCAUGGAAAAGCUGGGCCUCAUCUAUGAUAAGACAUACGCAUGGGACAUCUUUUCAGACAUGAUGCGCAACCAGUCACAAUACACCUUCCCUAGUGCUGAGCUCCCACGACCCUUCACUGACAGUACGCGUGCAAUUCUGGUGGAUUGGCUCAUCCAGGUUCAUGAGGUAUUUCAUUUCUCAGAGGAGACUCUCUACCUUGCUGUCCAUUUGCUGAACCGGGCAUUACGCCAGAUCAAAGUGUCCAUCUCCAACUUGCAGCUACUGGGUGUGGUUUGUCUCUUUUUGGCAGGAAAGAAGGAAGAGUGCUUACUGCCAGAGGUCUCUGAGCUUUGCUACCUAAUGGAGAAUGGCUAUAGCAAAAAGCAGCUUCUUCGCAUGGAACGCCGAGUUCUUUGUGAGCUCAAGUUUGACCUCUCGCAUUGUCCACCCCUGCACUUCCUGUUGAUUUCAGCCAGCAUUGCCCGCUGCAGUGACAAGGUGGUCUGGAUGGCUCGAUACCUACUGGAGCUUUCAUUGUUGGAAAGCCAAUGUGUGGUUUUCCAGCCAGCGGAGUUGGCAAGUGCUGCUCUCUGCCUAGCGCGUAGAGUACUGCAGGAGCCUCCCACUCCUGAGGGUGAGACAGCCUGGUGCAUUGCUUCCAGUCUCAAUGUCUGCAGCGAGCCCACUCGGCAGAGGAUAAUGCAGAUCCUUGCAGUGGCAGCAGCGAGGGCGGAAGGGCAGGAUACCCGCGCUUCCCUGAUCAAGUUCUCCACUGCUGAGACGCUGCAUGUCAGCAGCCACCCUGCCCUGCGUAGUGCCCCUCACCUGCUGGGGUUGCACUGUCCCCCGACCCGAGCGCAAAUGCGGGAGGGUGCGAUGUGACGGGGAGGAGAAGCCCGGUUGUACGGAGAGAGACUUGAGCCUGCGUCCGAGUCAAGGAAACGUCUCCUGUCACCGCGGUGUAGUGGGACUCUCCUCGACCUAAUGGUACAAGCCUGACAGAGGCUGAAUUUUCAGCGCUUGCCAUGGAAUGUCCAUUGCUAGGUUACACAAAUUUUUUUUUUUUUUUUUUUUUUUGGAUAUUGCACUUCUUUUGUGAGCAAACCAGCUGCUUGCAAAGAUGACCACUGGUAUUUUCCUGUUAACUUCUUAUAUUCUGGACAGAAAAUGACUCCGUCAAGCUCCGCAGCGAGAGAAGCCGGGGUGUGUUCUGUUUUCUGAAUGCCUUGACCUAAAAUCAAGGGGUGAAGUUGAGCGACUAUGGUUCAUCUGCUGCCCUGCAAAUGCUAGAGGAGUGUUACUGUACGCAAGCACUUUGACACUUGGUUUUAAGUGUUCCACACUUCUAACAAAAAAAAAAAAUCUUAGAUUUUUGUAAGUGAUUUUUUUAAAUGUUGGAAUUUAAAAAAAAAAAUUGUCGUCUGCAAAACAUUAAAAUUGAACUUUUUUU